AUGUCUUCUUCAGAGGGCAGCUCAGACAUGAAAACUGACCAUGAGUUCCAUGAAGAUGAGUCUGAAUCCUUGCCAGACCUGGAAGCACAAGGCGCCCUGGCAUCAGACUCCAGCCUUUCUUCUGUGGCUUCCACCCACUCUGGUCCAAGAGUCAAAUCUGUAACCUUUAAGAAGUGUAAUAUUCGAGACAGGAACCAGCAAGUUCUGGUUUUGGAAGGCGGGGUCCUCAAGGCAGUCCCAGACAAAGACGUCACAGCCCGAGAGACUUUUUAUAUAUCAGUUUCACACAGAAGAGUUGUGAAACCUACGAACGAGGGAAAGAAUCAUAUUUUUUUGGCUGUCUCGAAAGGCGAGUUCUGUCUCUACUGUGAAAAAGCCAAAGGGCCAAAGCCCCCUUCUUUGCAACUAAAGAAAAAGCACAUCAAAGAACUGAGUUCACUGAAGGCUAAGGAUUGUCUGCCGUUCACUUUCAUCAAGGAACAGAGAUCAAGCCCAGGUCUCCUAAGUCUCCUGCGUUACAGGUGGAUUCUUUACCCACUGAGCCAUCGGGGAAAAGUCAAGGAAGAGUCAAAGACUGCCAGCUUCUCUAUUUUGGCACCUACUUCCAACUCAGGACCAAUUAGGAAAAGGCAGCUAUGUUGUCCAAACCAAUCACGUAGAGGCCCCUCCCCCAGCUUCUCCAUGGCAACAAGUCCAAUCAAAGCAUACCCCGAGCCCUCCCUUUCUGCCUGCCCUGAGUCUCUGCCAAAAGCUAUUGACAGUGUCUGA